AUGAGCAAGAUGGCAGUAGAAAAGAAAGACAAGUCGCAGUUGCACAAAGUUGCCCUCAAAGGGUCAUCGAAGACAGUCGCAGAAUUCUUCGAAUACUCGAUAAACACGAUACUGUUUCAGAGAGGCGUAUAUCCUGCAGAGGAUUUCACACCGGUCAAGAAAUAUGGACUCAAUAUGCUCGUCUCCUCAGACGAUCAGGUCAAGGCGUACAUUAAGAAGAUCAUGUCACAACUGAACAAAUGGAUGGUUGGAGGCAAGAUCUCGAAGCUGGUGGUGGUCAUCACUAGCAAGGAGACGGGCGAACACGUUGAGAGGUGGCAGUUUGAUGUCCAAAUUCUUGGGAAGUCUUCGAAACAGCGCUCAUCAAAAAGGAUGGCGGACAAGGAAAACACUGCACCCGAAGAGGCUGCUGCAGAAGAGCCCGAGCCCGAGAAGACGGAGACUCAAAUACAGGAAGAGAUCCAAGCCAUCUUUCGCCAGAUUACAGCGUCCGUCACAUUUCUGCCGGUGUUGGAUGGAAACUGCACCUUCAAUGUGUUGGUCUACGCGGAUGCAGAUUCGGACGUGCCUAUCGAGUGGGGAGACAGCGAUGCCAAAGAAAUCAAGAACGCAGAGAAGGUCCAACUGCGCAGUUUCAGCACCAGCAACCACAAGGUAGAUACCAUGGUCAGCUAUCGAUUGGCGGAAUGA